CUACGGAAUAUCAUUUAGGAGUUCUCAAAGCAAAACUUGCAAAAUACAGAUCUCAAUUGUUAGAACCUACUGGCAAAAAAGAGAAGGGUGAAGGUUUUGAUGUUAUGAAAUCUGGUGAUGCUCGUGUAGCACUCAUUGGAUUUCCAUCUGUUGGUAAGUCAACAUUAUUGAAUAUUCUGACUGACACCCACAGUGAAUCAGCUUCCUAUGAAUUUACUACAUUGACUUGUAUACCCGGUGUCAUCCCCUAUAAAGGAGCAAAUAUUCAGUUACUCGAUCUCCCUGGUAUAAUAGAAGGUGCAGCUGCUGGUAAGGGUCGUGGCCGACAAGUAAUAGCAGUUGCUAGAACAGCUGAUUUAGUUCUAAUGAUGCUUGAUGCUACCAAAGGAGAAAUUCAAAAGCAGCUUUUGGAGAAAGAGUUGGAAACUGUUGGCAUUAGAUUAAAUAAGCAAAAACCAAACAUAUACUUCAAGAUUAAAAAAGCUGGUGGAAUAUCUUUCAAUGCAAUGUGCAAUCUUACUAGGUGUGAUGAAAAAUUAGUGCAAAUGGUUUUACAUGAAUACAAAAUUUUUAAUGCGGAAGUUUUAUUUCGAGAAGAUUGUACACCAGAUGAAUUAAUCGAUGUGAUCAAUAGGAAUCGAGUUUACCUUCCUUGCCUUUAUGUGUAUAACAAAAUCGAUCAAGUAUCUAUAGAAGAAGUCGAUCGGCUUGCUCAUUUACCAAAUUCAAUUGUAGUUAGCUGUAAUAUGAAACUUAAUUUAGACUACUUACUGGAGAAAUUGUGGGAAUACCUUGCCUUAAUUAGAGUUUAUACUAAAAAAAGAGGAGAACCUCCAGAUUUUGAAGGUGGCCUUAUUCUUAGACGUGGUUCUAGUAUUGAACAUGUGUGCCAUGCAAUUCAUAGGAGUAUAGCUAAUGUAUUCAAAUAUGCCUUAGUUUGGGGUACUAGCACAAAAUAUAGUCCGCAAAGAGUUGGUUUGCAGCAUAUAGUGCAUCAUGAAGAUGUUGUACAGAUUGUAAAGAAAUGAUAUGAACUCAUAUUAAAUGAUAUAAAUAAUGUUAUUUCUGGUUUAUUUAUAUUCUUUUGUUACAGGCUGUUUUUUAUUUCGGUAAUAUAUGUCCAUAUAAAUUUUUUGAAGUGGAGAAUUCAUUCAUAUUUCUAACUUAAACUAUGAAAAGAUAAGAAAUGUAUAUUGAUAAAAUAUGUUUUAAAAAUAUUUGAAGAGUUGAUUCUAUGCCUUGGAAUAUUUUUAUGGAUGAAGUGUAAAACUAUUUGCCAAAAAAUAAAUCUGAU